AUGCAGAAAGUCAGAAAAGAUCCCACCUACGCUGAGAAGAAACCCGUGAGAGUGUAUCUUGAUAUGUUGGCGGCACCCCUUGAAGCCGACAAUGGUCCAAUUCUUAUUCCGGAAGAAAUGGAAGCCUCCAUCCGUGCUUCAAUUCGUCGGUCAGGAUAUCAGUCCCGUAGGCGUGUCAUAUCAAGGUUUACUUCAGGAGCGGGAGUAUGGACGGACAGGUCAGUCACGAUGGAUCGAGUCCCUUUGGAGUACAGCACGCUUCGUGACGGUUCCAGCUUUUUGCAGCACCAUUCACGUGGAUUUCAUAUCUAUUACUCCGUGGCAACGAUCCAGGUGAAAAAUUUCAAUUUGAAAGACUCCCGAAAUGAUGUUUAA